AUGGCGUCUGAAACGCAUCUGCGCACGCAGUAUGAGUCGCUCGUCAAGGAGAACAAACUGCUCCGGACUAACGUUGAGAAGCUGGAUCGCGAGAACCAUGACCUGAAGCGCUCGGUCUGCGAGCUCACUCUCAAACUCGACUCGGCACACGCACCGUCCUCAGCUACCCGCGCUGCCGCUGCGGAGCCCUUUGCACUGGCAGAUCUCCUUGCAGCUCCCGUCUCGUCAGCCACAGCUGAAUCGUCGUCGUUCCGCCGGACGCACGGCGGCUCUGGAGCGCCGCUAUUGGGGGCGAAGGGAGAGCUGUACGACCCGGACGCAGACGGAGAUGCUCGUGUCUUGGUGCACAAGUCGACGCUAAGAGCUCACGCGGGAGCGGUGUACACGGCCAAGUUCUCGCCUUGUGGGCGGCUCUUGGCGUCCGGCGGGUUCGACUGCAAAGUGAUGCUCUGGGACGUCACGACCAAGUUCAAUCAGCCGCAGCUGGCAGCGCUCUCGAGCCACACGCAGCUCGUGAUCGACGUGAGCUGGGCUGAGGAUAGCACCACGCUACUUUCGGCUAGUUACGACCACUCGGUGAAGCUCUGGGACGUGGAGAAGAAUCAGCUGCUGACGAGCAAAGAGGUGAAGGGACUCGUGCAGUGCGUGGCCUUCAAUAUGGCUGACAAUAAUCAGUUCUUCUUGGGGUCCAGCAAGUGCUGUCUGCACAUGGUAGACACACGCUCUGAGGUCUGUCGCACGUGGUCGAAUGACGCUAUGGUGAACGCUCUGCACGUCUCUCACGACGGUCUAACCGUUACAACGGGCGACAGCAAGGGUAUGUUGAAGUUCUGGGAUGUUCGAAUGGACACGUGUCUUGAAGAAUUAUCGGUACUGAAUGACCCAGCCAAACACGCCAUUUCGCACAUUCAUGCAUCGCCGUCCAGUGACGGAGGGGAUGAUGGUCGAUUCCUUGGCGUCAACAGCUAUGACAAUGUUUUGCGUGUGUACGAUCGAUGCUCGAAGCUUAUUAGCUCUCGCGGUUUGAAACGCGGUGCUGGUGGAGGCAACGAUGCUCGUGAUGAUCAGUUACAGCUAGUGCACUCAGUGACGGGCCACAAGAAUAAAAACUGGCCUAUCAAGAGCUCAUUCUUCCGUGGGGAUGGCUACAAGUACAAGCUAGCACUGCCGCCGCGAGGGAGACUCGACGGUAGCUUGGGCAGCACUCCGGGCAUUAGUUUACGGCACAAACUCGCGGGUAGCGACGCAGAGGAUUUUGCCGAUUCGAGCGGAGAGCGUGGGUCUAUGGGUUCGUCGCAAGAAAUGCUGCUGCUUGCCACGGGCAGUGCUGAUCAUCAUAUAUACCUGCAUGACGUGACGCCGUCAACGCACGCUGUAGCUGCAAGUGGCUCGGGUAACCACACGCAAACUCUAGUGCAGAAGAUCGAUGGCCACAACGACCGCGUGUACUGCGUGGAUUUUCACCCCACGGAGCCUAUUCUGGCUUCUGCGUCAGCAGAUUGCUCGAUAAAAAUCUGGCUUCCGCGCUCUGGAUCAAGCUCCGUCUCGCGUGUUGCAAAGACCAAGACUUAA